GGCUUGGCUUUCUUUCCUUUCUUCUUGAUGCACCGUCGUUAACACCGAAUUGUUGCCACGCUAAAGGGCAGAGGGGAUGUCGUCGCGCAUUCGGCAAGUCUGUGUAUUUCUUCCUGUGAUCUCUCUGCAUGCCCUCCUCGGGAGAAAGCUGUGAAUUCCGCGUGCGUUUGAAAGUAUGUUUCGGACGCCUUCUCUCAAGAACUCUACUAUGCAGUUGAAAGCCGGUACCCAUCUCGUCUGCGCUUGCAGGUAUAUGGGGGAUCUCGAACGAGUUGCGACGAACUUCACGCGUUUUAACAUCUGACCAAGACCGAGGUCCUGUGUAUCGCUCCAAUUCAACGUCUCUACACACGAAUGUAGCUUUUUCUCUCGGCAUUUGCAUCCACUUCGCCCAUCACUUUUUCGUUUCAACUGCAAGCCCGUAUUGCCGUUUCAUCCUUUCCAAAGAACACCCUGUUCCACACCUUUUUUCGAAAACCUGUUCGCCAUACCCCCCGCCCCCUUCCAAUCCACUAUCGCCAGGUCGUUGCCCGUGUUAGCUGGAUUUUUUCUUCUGUCCCCCAGAUCUUUUUUCCUCUCUUGGUGAGUUCGCCGGCCCUUUCUCGACGAUGAAAUGCUGCCUGCAUCUUCCCCCUGUUCGCCUUCUUCCGCGCCGCUGUCGUCGGCUGGAGUGUCUCCGAAAGGCUUCUCUCUGACUUCUCCUCCGCCUUCCUCUCCCGGGGAUCUCUCGGGAUCCAUCAAGAAGCUUAGGUCCGCUCUGAGGCGUCUGCGAUAUCCUCCCGCGCUCCAGUCCUUCAUCCCGAGUGUCCCUACAGCUCCCGGCGCGCUGGACGAUGAGAACCUGAGCCGCGGAGACGUAACCACAUUCUUGGCAGUUCUCCACUUCCUCUGCAUGCAGCUGAGUGAAGGAGUCUGGCGAGCGUUUCAGGACCGAGGCUACGACCUCCUGUACAAAACAGACCAACGGUUCGUCCAAACUUUAUGGAAAUUUCUGGUAGGGCUUUCUCCACUGGACAGGCGACACGAAGAAGACACAAAAGGGCAAGAAGCCUAGACUUGAAUGCAUAGAGGGAUGCUGCACUCGUCGAAGGCUCUGGAAAGGCGCUUGUCUGAAGUGACGCGUCACUUGCGGCUGCCUGAAAACCUGUACGGAAGUUCAGCUUCGGUCUGUCACUCAGCCAAAGGCGUGGACAUCGGGGGUUGCCUCUUGGAACUGUUCGUCUAUUUGGAAGCGGAGUAGAUUGCCGUCGUCAAUCCUGUAGUGUCGUCACAUGCUUUUGCGUCGCCUCCCAUGUCUCUGUUACGCCGAAGAAGAUCCCUCAUCUCGUCUGCUUUUGCAUGUGCUGCUGCCCCGAUGCAGCGGGACGAGUGUCACUACAGGCCAGCUUUGACGGUGUCUCAGUUUUUGUCGCCGACGGGUUUCGCGGAGCGGAAGAUUCACCUCUGUCUCGACGUCGUGCACCUUUGCCGGCAAAUUCACAACCAGUAUGCGAUGCAGCAUCUCCCGCGAGCAGUCCGAAGAAGCAAGAGUCCUCAGCUCUCUGUCGAAGUCUCCCCUCUUUACUUCAAGGAUGAAAACUGUCCCCCCCAACCGCACUGCAACGCUCCCUCUCCGCGGAAAGCUGCGCUGCUUUCUGGCGUGGCGUCGGAGGCCCACGGCGUGAAGACAUGCGGGGGUCCCGCGCAUGCAGUUGUCUCUCCCCGGAGAACCAGAAAGUCUAGAGAGGCCUUUUUCAGUGGUGCACAGGCGAGAGGCAGGCCUCCAGGUGACGGUGUAUUUGCGGGGACGGACGGAGAAGAGAGUGCCGAAGAGAGAGACGGCUGGCGUUCUGCUUCUCGGUGGGAGACAACAGAGGCUACUCCCCAUGUGAAUCUUGAACAAGCGUCAGCAGACCGCAUGCAGUCAACGACGUUGGGUCAUCAGAACGAAGAGAGUUUGGCUGGGGAUGAAGGUGGAAACAGAUCCGCGACUGCUGCUUGCGACCCUUCAACUUCCCAUAGAAUAACCGGCCCUGUCGGACUGCCCGACGAAGUUCGACCCAGGCCGACAGAAAGUCUCCAAAGCGAGAGGGUCGACCAGAUCUGGAGGACUGCUCAAAUGCUUCAGCUUCUCAUGGAGCAAGUCACGAGCUUGAGCGGCAAAGUCGGCGCCUUCAGCCAACGCGUGACGGCCUCGGUCGACGAGUUGCAUCUUCAAGUUCAGCUCCUGCAGACUCGCGUGUCGAUUUUAGAAAGUCGUCUGGGGUCUGGCGUCGAGGCCUUUUCUCCAGGGCCGGGCACUGGGGCGAAUCCCCAAAGUUCGCGGAAGAAUCUCGAGUCCACGCACCUCCAAGGGGGUCCGGGUAUCCCCUGUGCAAGCGAUCAUUCGCGUUUUUCCGGCGGCUCUUCUUCGCUUGUGGGGCACCGCCCAGCUGGAGGCGUCGCUGUCUCUUCUGGGAUGGGUUCGGUCGAGGACAGAAGUUCGAGUGUCGCCGUCAGCGCCGCCCUGGGAACCUGCCCCGCGAAGAAUGGAUCUCUGAUCUCUCAGUCGCGUGAGGUCUCUGGGCCGGACAGCCGUGUCUUGGCUGGCCAAACGUAUGCAGCAGGGGCAAGGGACGAGGGGAGGGAAGUCGCGGCUCUGCAAAGCGACAGAGCAUCCCCGUGCACUCGAAUGGGAGACGGGAGUGCGGAAGACCACCGCCAGGAGCGUACAGUGAAUCGAGCGGAGGCCUUUUCUCCCGGAGAACGCAGCCCGCGCGAUUCCGUUCCGACCGAGAACAACGCGCGGGGGAAGGAAGAAGAGAGUUCUGCGUGGGGCUUCGCUGUCCAGACUCCGUCCUGUGACGUACAGUUCCCGUUUUCUCCUCACACGCGUCCGAGUUUUCCGACGGCCAGCGCGUUUGCAGCAGUCCGCAUGGAGAAGGGAUUUGCUGACGGCUCGGCGAGUCUCGACCCUCUGGAUGUAGAGAUGCAGCGGAAUGUCCUUCGGAUCACAGAAAAGAUCGAGAGUCUCCAAGCUGUGCUUCGACGAUCUCGGAACUCGGGUCCAGCCUCUCGUCCUCGAUCUGCCUGUCCUGAACCGACAAACGCUUCUGCCAGAGUCUUGUCGCAGGGACAGGCCGAAGCUGUCUCGGCGCUCCCCUCAGACUUCCAUCCCUCCACGUCGUCGAUUCAUGCCCGCGCCUCUCUUGCAACCGGAGGAGGAGCGGGAGAAGCAGCCUCUUUCAGCGUCUCUUCUCAACACCGAGGGCCUGCGUCGGGGGUCAAGGAAGUCGAAAGAUCCUUCGCUGCCCUCUCCGGACCCCCGGAGACGUCCCCGCGGGUGUCGCCGACUGUUGCCGUUCGACGGGGGUCGACCGAGGCGCCCAGCUUCUCUGCAGACUCGCCAAGCGGCUCUGGAACUCGUUGUGAUUCCCUGGGGCUUCCAAGCUUUCCACCGCCAGCGGGAAACGCAGAGGAAAGAGGGAUCGACUGUGUUUCGGUGUCGAGGGUCGGUUCUGCGGUCUCACAACCACCUGGAGAAAUCUACAGUGGAACUCGAGAGGGAGAGGAAAAGGAAUGCAAGAUACGUCGGGGCUUCUCGCCCACAAGCGACCUUUCCGAGCCUUCAGACAGACGCCAGCAGAGUCAGCAAACACCUUUUUUCGGAAUUAGCUGCAGUAGCGAUGGUUCGCGGAGCGAACUUCUUGGGUCCUCCACGGGGUCGCUGUCGAAAGCCUCUCCCGACCACCCGAAGGCAAGCGCCACGCCUGAGAAAUUCGACUUUCUUUCUCUCUCCAAACAGUGGCUCCCGUGCGCCGGAAAAGACGUCGAAGGUUUCGUUGCCGCUGCUGCGGCCUCGGCCUGGGGCAGCAGUGCACACGAGAACAUAUGAUGGCUCUCUGAUUCACCUACUGUUGAACGUUCUUGGCAUUUUUGUCAACGGCUUUAUAUAUAUAUAUAUAUAUAUAUUUAUGUAUGCGCAUGUUCAUGUGACCCUUGUAGAUGGGAAAACGUGUCUGCCUUGGGAGCAGAAGGGAUGCUUAAAGUCUGGACAAGGGGGCUGGUUGGCGAACCGGGGUUGAUGAGUGUGUUUUUGCGAAGGCAGAAGCGGAGGAAUGUGUCGCUGUCAGCUGGAGAGUUUUUUCUUCAAACGGUGCAUGUGCUAAGAUGCAAAUGAAAGGAAGGUGAGCCCCGUGGGGGCGCGAAAGGGCUUGCAGGGCGCUACAGAAGGGUCGAGAGCAAAGCACAAUCGUUGCAUUCUACGUCAAUUUGGCUUUUUCGCUACAGAACGAGGCACUCCCAGCCACGUCGAAAGAGGACACUAAGGUAUUUUACGAAGACAACAACUU